AUAAUCCGCGUUGUCUAUGUUCUCCAAGGCAUCAGUAAAUUACUACAUGACUCUGGGAUCAUACAGUUUCCAAAUAUAACAAUUAGCCAUUUGUUUACCGCAAUUUCCCGAAAAUAAAGUAGAGUGUUUGUGGUGUUGUGAUCGUGGUGGUGGGUAGUGGCAUCUUGGCAGUGGUGUACGUGUGAGGUGGUGAAGUUACGCAUGUGUGUGUCUUUGGUGACCCUGGCACUGUGUUUCCAGGGCCACUAAAAUCCUCUGAUGGUCAUGCUUUCCUGAACAGUGCUGAACUUUCGCACAGUAGUGUCCAAUCUUCCUCAAAACUGGACGGGAAAAAUGCAUACAUAUUUUACGCUUCAAUUAUCAAUACCAGGAAAACGAUUUCCUUAAAAUAGUGGUAAAGACAAAAAAAACAGACUGGUUGCCAGACGCGUGGGCGUACGUGGGUGGUGUGAGCGCGGGUGUAAUGCCACUACCGUCACCCUACCGUAACCCUGGACGCUGGCGAGCUGUCGUGUUCCAACAGGAAGUCAGACACGGCACUGCAGGUUGCCUGCUGUCGGUGGUGUUGCUGGCGCCUCUGUUGGUACGUGACGUGGGCGUGGGUGGGGUAGCUGUGGGCGUGGUGGUGUACAGCUGCAUCCUGGUGCCCGCCCUCACCAAUUACUACUCUUUCCCCCGUCUUGUGAUUCGUCUGGCCCGCGCGCUUUACAAUGGCUGGAAUAAGAAUGGGUCUGCCCUCUACACCGGGCUGGCCACGUCCCUGGGCUCAGCAGUGUGCUGGGCGGCGUUCUGGACUGAGUACCUCGUCAGGCAGUUCUUGAGAUACCUUCUAAGGGCGAUCUUUAUGCCCUUGAUCUUUGUCUUCGGCUGCGUGUUGCCUCUCCUGCACAACGUUUACCUCGCCUUCGACGGCUUCAGGACCACCAGUAACCAGGUGGUGUUCUUCCUGAUGGUGCAACAGUUGGUGACGCCCCUCGCCCACCUCACGGCUCUCUACUUCCUUCUCUUCUACACAGUCCUCCACUACCUGCACAAGUCUCUCUUUACGCGGCAGUGGGCGAGAACGAUGCAGACUACAGAGAUGCGGGACUUAAUGCGCCUUACUGCCUGGUACAUGGCGGUCAGGUUGGGUAAAGGUGUCGCCAUGUCCUUCGUCCUCGUCAUGUUUACCCUCCAAUUCAACCACGUCGAAUCUGACCUCGUCUACAUCGUCGUCACCUUCAUCUACUUCGUCGUGUCUCAGCGUAGAUGGACAGGCAACGAGCGCAUCGUGUCCUGGAGUCGAGCUUUGGAUAUCGAGGUGUUGGAGGAGGAGGAGGAGUUUUGGGUGCCAGUGUUCAUGAGGGGGAGUACUGUGGUGGCGUCCCUCUGUGUGACGGUGCCCUUAGCACUCUCUUCCCCCUGGCUGGUGAUGAUGGCUGCCUACACCAACCUGCUGGUGCCCGGUUUGCUCCUGAGGGGGGAGUACCUGGCUCAUAUCUCCCGACAGUCUGUUCUCAUUACCAAGUGUAGGAGAGCCACGCCUCAGGAGAUUGAGCUCAACUCGACGUGUCCAGUUUGCCUGGAGGAGCUGCGUCAGGCGAGGCUCACACCCUGCCGCCACCUCUACCACGCAGCCUGCCUCAGGAAGUGCCUCACUCUGUCCCCGCUAUGUCCUCUAUGUAAACAAACUAUAUAGCACUCUGCAUCGUGUAAAUAAACUAUAUAAUACUC